AUGAUCCAGUAUUGGGAGCAGUAUCAUUGUGAUGGUAUACCAAAUACUCAAUUUAAUACAUCAUCGAAUGAAGGAGUUAAAUAUUAUGACUACGUUUGGAACAUUGUCGAUGUGCCGUCACAAGAAGCAAGUUAUUGCGAUUAUGUCAACGCCAACACAAACCUAUAUAACCAAACAAUGUCGCUCUAUUCAUACUUUUUGAAUCAAACAGCGAUGAAAGAGUUUUUUAUACCUUAUUUGGAAACAUUGUUACCAGACAGUGUUUAUUACAAUCCCAAACUUUAUACUCGGUUUUUUUAUGUUAGUGAGUUUCAAAAGAAGGUUGACAACACUGUGGCACUACAUCAUUUGGUCAAUGCAUUCAAUUUCUAUUUAUUUUGUCAAAAAGGAAAUCCUUUUUUUGAACAUUUUCACACAACCGUCUUACCUCGAAUAGCAUCAUUAGGAACAUUUUCUCAAAUUCAAACCUUAGAUUUAUUAUUCGGAAAAACAUUGUUACAAAAGUAUGGAAAAAUUGAUGUCACAUUUUACAAUCGAACACAACUUGCAUUUUGUACGGACGACAAUGAUCAUGCGUUUGUGCUCUCCUAUGCUCCAUGUGACGGAGUGUAUGUGAAAUUUUGGGUUCCACUCAGCAAACACUUAUCUCUCAAAAUUAUUGAAUUUAUCUUUUAUACCUUACAAUUUAUCCUUUUUGGAAUCUUGAUUGGAAUUCCAAUCUUGUACAAGACUUGGACCAAACUCAAAGAUCACAUUCACCACACCCAAAAUGUCAUUAUUGUGGAAAGAGGCAAAAAACAACGCUCCCUUAAAAAUCCAAACAACAACUUAGCCCCACACACAACAUCCCUCUCCGUCAUGAAUGAACAAUCAACCACUGAGACGACUCCAACUUCACCAAAUUCUCUCUCUCAAUUGACGAUCAUUGAUGAGAGUAAUCCAAACCACCAAGUUGGAGUGGAUCCUUCAACAAAAACUAGCACUGCAACGACAGCUCAACCUCCAAAACGAGAGUCAUCACCUUCUCCUUACAAACUCUCGUUUUGGGUUAUAUUAGAAUUUUGUGUGAUUUACGACUUCUUUCUUCGAUUUGUUUCAUUUGAGUCGAGUGAUUAUGGAACUGCAGUACAUCAAAAUGUUGCGCCCUUAUUGUCCUCUUUAGCGUUUUUAUGUUCUGGAUUAAUUCCACUUGCUGGAACAUUUAUGGAAGUGUUACUAACCAUUUCACAACAGAACGCUACUGUUUCGAUUCAUGCCUUAAUUAUUGUUUCCAUUCUUUUGGCCAUCAUGGUGCUCGUCAUUAUUGUCAUUUUAAUUACUGCAUUUUCAGCACUCAAUGUGACACAAACCGUUCGAAUUGUAUCACUUCCCAUAGCAUUGGUAGCACUUGUCAUUUCAUGGGCAAUCAUUCUCUCGUAUUCGUUCAAGAUUUUCUUUAUGAUCCGAAAACAACGAAAAAUUAAUUUUUUAAAUUUAAGUUACUUGUUUAGCACUUCGAUCAAUUUGGACACGUUAUUCACACGUCUCUUUAAACAUCGAGUGGCAGGUUAUAUUUUGGGAAUUAUGCUGUGGGGAGGAUGUUACGUAUUAUUCAGUAAGAAUAAUUUCAAAGAAUGUUAUGGAUUUAUUUUGAAACCAUGUCUCAAAUUCAAAACACCAUCGAGUCGUGGGCUGUAA